AUGGCGCUGCCCAUGUUGAGAGGGUGUUUCCGGGUUCCAUCCACGUUCAGCCUCGCUCGUCUGCUUCUACAUGACCGUGUCCUCCCGCUCCGCCCCGGGGACAAGCGGGGUCCUCUCCCCCCGGCUGCCGGGGCCCCGGUCCGGGCCUACAGCUCGGACCGGGGCCGGCAGAACCAGAAGGUGAUGGUGGUCGGGAUCCCAAACCCCCUCAUCUGGCUUCGCACCCGGGUCUACUACUUCCUGAUCCGGGCCUACUUCGACAAGGAGUUCCGCAUCGAGGAGUUCACGGAGGGAGCGAAGCAGGCUUUCUCCCACGUGUCCAGGCUCCUGUCCCGAUGUCAGUUCCAGGCUCUGGAAGGACUCGUGGCUGAAGACUUGAUUGGGAAGCUGGAGGAGAAGUGCAGCCUGCUGCCACUGAGCAGCCAGAAAGCUCUUUCUGCAGGUCCUGAUGAGAUCAUGUACACAACACCCGGAGACGUGGGAAUCCACUACGACGACAAUGGAAGGAAGUUUGUCAGUAUCCUGAUGCGCUUCUGGUACCUGACCAGAGCGCAGCUUCCUGACGACACCAUGGAGGGAGCUCAUAUCUUCCAGGUGUCCAUCAGUGGAGAAGGAGAAGCAGAGACGAAAAGACUGCUCACUGCAAAUUAUGAAUUCCAAAGGGAGUUCACUAAAGGAGUUCCACCGGACUGGACCAUCACAAGGAUAGAGCACUCCAAGCUUUUGGAUUAAGCUGGUUUCGAUUCGAGGCAGAUGUUCCAGUGGAAACUCGUCAAAGACAAGAGAUUUUCCUCAGUAUUUGGUUUCUUAAAUUGAGAGAUGAGAUGAGCUCAAAUUAACCAGAGAGGAAAAUAAGACAUGGGAAGUCAGAGUAAAGCAUCAGGACUUGGAUUCAGUCGCUAUUCUCCAGGAUGCUCUCCACACCUGUCUGCAGUUUGUCAGUGUUUCUGAUUGUGUUCUCCACAAUUUCUAAUAUCCCAGAAACUAAUGACUAGAGCUUGAUCAGAUCUGUGAACUGUGCUUUGGGAAUUGUAUCUUACUUUAACUAUUAUACUAAUGCCAGAAGGACAGAGUUCCACAGGGAUGUCAGCCGAUCCCAAGAACCACAUCCUGAUUGUCUGGAACAUGGUGAGAUGACGUCUGGCCCCUCAUCUGCGUUUCUUCUCUUUAAUCUCUCCAGGUUCAUGUAUAUAGAGCCAGAUCAUCACAUGAUAUCUCAGGACACUUCUCACAUAGAGCAGGUUCACACUGUACAUUUUACAAUCAUACUAACCGACCCAGAAACUCUCACAAUGACCGAGAACUAGCAAGAGAGAAAGUUCAGAGGCAGCGACCUCGAGCUGUGGAAGAUCUGCUGCUGCUGUAAACACUUUCAUUUCAAUACAUAAUAUAUAUAUGAUUGUGUGUUACAAUUUGUGUCCAAUGUUCCCAACACAAUAUUGUCUUGUGUUGUCUUUUCCUGCUGCGUUCAUGGGACUGAGCUACAUGCAGUGUGUGUACUGCUUGUUGUCUGUAGUGGUUCAGGAAGCUGCAGAAAACCAUUGAUUUGUUUUAUUAAAGGUCGGAGGAAUGUA